GUUACUUUCACUUUCCCCAGGCGAACGCUGCGAGCCCAGCGCAGGUUUAUCAAUUGGGAACAAAACCACGUUUCUUUUAACACCGUUCUACGGAAAAGCCAUGAGACAAAACUGCAGCUCUUUGAUCGCCAGAAUUAGCUGAGCAACAUGCGUGAAAAACGGGAACAGUCAAUGAACGUGUAACUGUCCCAGCCAGAGGAAUGAAGUCUGACCACACCCGGCAGAUAUUAAACUUCUCAGAAGACCCAAUCAGAAGCAGAGAGAACAGAAGCCCAGAGAUCCCAGCAGCCAUGGCCUCAGGGACUCCUGUACGGGAAAUCCAAGAGGAAACCAACUGUUCCAUCUGCCUGGAAUAUCUGACGGACCCAGUCACCCUACAGUGCGGGCACAACUUCUGCCGGGUCUGCAUCACUCAGCACUGUGAGACAUGGGAAGAGCUGGACUCUGACCCCUUGUGCUGCCCCAGCUGCAGAGCCCGAAUCCGGAAAGGGGCUCUCCGAAAAAACUAUCAGCUAGCAAAUAUAGUGGAAAAAAUCAAACAAAUGGAUUUCAAACCAGGAAAUGAGAAUCUGUGUGAGAGACAUGGGAAACCCCUGGAUCUGUUCUGUGAAGAGGAUGGGGAAGCCGUGUGUGUGGUUUGUUGGAGAUCCUCGGAGCACAAAUCUCACACAGUGCUUCUCAUGGAGGAGGCUGCCCAGAAAUACAAGGAAAAAAUCCAGGCCCAUUUGAAGACUCGGCGGGAAGAGAGAGAAAAGCUUCUGGAAUUUAAAAUGACUGGAGAGAGAAAAAGCCAGGAGUAUCUGAAACAAACACAAACCGAGAGGCAGAAGAUUGUGACUGAAUUUCAGCAACUGCAGCAGUUCCUGGAGGAACACGAGCAACUCCUGCUGGCCCAGCUGGACAAGCUGGACGAGGAGAUUGUGAGGAUCCAGAAUGAAAAUGUCAGUAAACUCUCCGAGCAGAUUUCCCGUCUCAGUGAGCUGAUCAGUGAGCUGGAGGGGAAGUGUCAGAAGCCAGUGAGUGAAUUUCUGCAGGAUGUCAGAAGCACCUUGAGCAGGUGUGAGAAGAGGAAGUUUGAGCAGCCAGAGGAGAUUUCUCCUGAACUGGAAGAGCGAGUCAGUGGUUUCUCCCAGAAAACUAUUGUGCUAUCGGAGACUCUGGAGAAGUUCAAAGACACUCUGCUGUCUGAAUUGCAGAGAAAAAUCAUUUUUCUUUCAAUUGAAGAGGGUGAAUCAUUUGGAGCACACAGACAGGGUGAGUUUGCGGCGAAUGUGAUUCUGGAUCCAGACACGGCUCAUCCCCAACUCAUCCUGUCUGAGGAUCGGAAAAGUGUGAGAUGGGGAGCCACACGGCAGCGACUGCCCAACAACCCUGAGAGAUUUGACUAUUGGGCCUGUGUGCUGGGCUGUGAGGGAUUCACCUCUGGGAGACAUUGCUGGGAGGUGGAGGUGGGGGAUGGGGAAAGCUCGGCUGUGGGGGUGGCCAGAGAGUCUGGGAGGAGGAAGGGAUGGAUCAGCCUUAGCCCUGAGGGGGGGAUCUGGGCUGUGCAGCAGUUGGGGGAUCAGUUCCAGGCUCUCACCUCCCCUGCGACCCCCCUGCCCCUGAGCCGGGUCCCCAGCAGGAUCCGGGUUUGUCUGGACUGUGACCGGGGGCAGGUGACAUUUAUCGAUGCUGGUGACGAGGCCCCGAUCUUCACUUUCCCGCCGGGCUCCAUCCCUGGGGAGAGAAUCCGACCCUGGUUCUGGGUGUGGCCGGGAUCCCGGCUCAGCCUGUGUCCCUGA